GAGAUAGUCGCUCGUGGUAGUCGUUCGACGGACGUGCAACGGAACGGGCGAGUCGUGGCACAGGAUGCAUAAUUUCGCGCUUUUGCGACGGGGCGGUAUACAGGCACGGACGACUACUCGCGCACAGUUGGAGUUGUGUGCGUGCCCAGUUCUCUCGGCUUCUUGUCCCUGUGCUGCCGACAGCGCUGCUACCUCUCGCCCGCGUUGGCCUGCACAGUCCAUCGUAUACCGCGCAUACGUUCGUCUCGAGAAAUGGAGCUCGAGCAAGCGGCGUCGCAGAUGAACGUGGACUCGGAAAAGAAGGUCAAGGAGAGCGCCAGCGGCGGCGGUGGCGGUGGCGGUGGCGGUGGCGGUGGCGGCGGCGGCGGCGGCGACGUCGUCGUCGUCGUCUCCGGGAAUCAUAGCGAUCAUCUCAAUGGCAUGUCUAAUGGUUUUGACAAAAAGAGGGAACACAAGUCCGAGCAUAGGGAUAAAGACAAGGAGCGGUCUCACAAAUCGGAUCACAAAGACAAAGAUAGGAACAAGGAGAAGGAAAAGAACCACAAGAGCGAACACAGGGAUAAGGAUAAGGACAGGCAUAGACAUAGUUCCAGUUCUGUCAAGGAGAAACACGACAGUACCGGCAGUAAUAAGGAUAAAGAUAAAAAAAGCUCCUCUAAUAAGGAUAAGGAACAUAAGAGCAGCAGUUUGUCUAACAAAGAUAAAGACAAGAGCAAGGAACAUCAUCACAAAUCGAGUUCAAGCUCUAAGAAUAAAGAUAGAUAUCACAACAGUGGAUCCAAGGACAAGGACUCGAAGAGCAAAGAUAAAGAUAAGUAUAGGCACAAUAGUUCCUUAAAUUCUAGUUCGCGCGACAAAGACAAGGAUCGAAAUCUCUCGAAAGACAAGGAGAGAGAGAACAAAAAACAUUCAUCUUCAGGAGAGAGAGACAAAGAUAGACAUUCCACUUCCCAUUCUUCGGGCGAUAAAGAGAAACAUCGUUCGUCGGAGAAGGACAAGGACAAACAUAGAGAAAGCUCGUCCAGCAGUAAGGAUAAGCAGCAUCGUCAUGAAAAAGAUAAAGAUCGUCAUCGACACGAUAAAUCUAAACAUCGUGACGAGAAGGAAAAGAGGGAUAAGGAUAAGGAAGAAAUUAAAAUAAAGGAGGAAACAGAUAUGAAACUGAAUCAUGCGACCAAUGAAAGAUUUCAUUAUAAUCUGGAAGUCAAGCCAGAGAUAAAAGAAGAACCUAUGACGCAAUUAGAACUGGAUGAGGAUGAUGACAGCGGUGGCGAACGACCGCUCUACAUCAAAGAGGAGGACGAUGAUGAGGAAGCCGUUAAGGAGGAAGCUAGCAUGGACUCAACGGACGGAAACGAUACCAGACUAUCGGAUCUUCAUAACACGACUUUAAAAACGGAAGAGGACUCGGAGGAGGAUAAACCAUUAUCGUCGAGGUCUAAAGUGUCGCCGAGUGUAAAGAGGAAAAUCGAGUCGGACGAAGAGGAAGACGUACCACUGUCUGCGCGCAAGAAACCUAAAAGAGCGACUAGCUCGAAGACUAAGAAGAAGAAACGAAAACAUGACGGGGAGAAUGACGACGACUCUGAAGUAGAAUCCGAAGAGAAAUCAAAGAAAAAGGUAAGGGCGAAAGGAGAAGGUGCUAGUCCGAGAAAAAGGAAGCAAGAAGAGGAGCAAGAAGUUUGGAAGUGGUGGGAAGAAGAGAAGAAAAGUGAUGGUACGAAAUGGCAUUUUUUGGAACACAAGGGACCAGUGUUUGCACCACCCUACGAACCAUUGCCUCCCAAUGUGAAAUUUUAUUACAACGGCAAAGAGACAAAGCUGAGUCAGGAUGCAGAGGAGGUCGCAACUUUCUACGCACGUAUGCUGGAUCAUGACUAUACGACCAAGGACGCGUUCAAUAAUAACUUCUUCCAUGAUUGGCGAGAGGUGAUGACUGAGUCGGAACGCGCCAAAAUCACCGAUCUAUCCAAGUGUAACUUUAAAGAGAUGCAUGCGUACUUUCUCCAAAAGAGCGAGGAACGUAAAGCUAUGACAAAAGAGGAGAAGCAGAAGAUUAAAGAGAAGAAUGACGAAAUUCAGAAGGAAUACGGCUUCUGUGUCAUCGAUGGUCAUAAGGAGAAGAUUGGCAAUUUCAAGAUCGAGCCGCCCGGCUUGUUCAGAGGUCGCGGCGAGCAUCCCAAGAUGGGCAAGCUAAAGAAGCGAGUAUUGCCGGAAGAUGUGCUCAUCAAUUGUUCAAAAGACUCAAACAUACCGAAACCGCCAGCCGGUCACAAGUGGAAAGAGGUGCGACACGAUCCCAAUGUUACGUGGCUUGCGUCUUGGACGGAGAAUAUUCAGGGCCAAGUAAAAUAUGUGAUGUUGAAUCCAUCUAGCAAACUCAAGGGCGAAAAGGACUGGCAAAAGUAUGAGACGGCGCGGAAGUUGGCGCAGUCGAUUGACAAGAUUCGUGCGGAAUAUCGAGAGGAUUGGAAGAGCAAAGAGAUGCGUAUUAGGCAGCGCGCUGUCGCUCUGUACUUUAUCGAUAAGCUGGCCCUCAGAGCUGGUAAUGAAAAGGAUGAAGAUCAGGCGGACACCGUAGGUUGUUGCUCGUUACGAGUAGAGCACAUUAAGUUGCACGAGCAGAGAGAUGGCAAAGAAUACGUGGUUGUGUUUGAUUUCUUAGGUAAAGAUUCUAUACGAUAUUACAACGAAGUGCCGGUGGAAAAGCGCGUCUUUAAGAAUUUGCAACUCUUUAUGGAGAAUAAAUCACCAGGAGAUGAUCUGUUCGAUCGUCUCAAUACUACUGUGAUGAACAAACACUUGAAUGAAUUAAUGGAAGGUCUCACCGCCAAAGUGUUCAGAACUUACAAUGCAUCAUGGACGUUGCAGCAACAACUUGAUAAACUUACUGACCCGAACGACACGGAGGCGGAAAAGAUUCUUUCGUAUAAUCGGGCUAAUCGUGCCGUUGCUAUAUUAUGUAAUCAUCAACGUUCCGUGCCGAAAACGCACGCGAAAUCCAUGGAAAACCUCAAGGCAAAGAUUGAUGCAAAGAAAGAAGCGAUAGCCGAGUGUGAAUUACAAGUGAAGGACGCUAAACGGGAUGCUAAACACGGCUCGGUAAAGGAGAAAGUAACAUAUGAGAAGAAGAAAAAGCAAUUGGAAAGAUUGAAGGAACAAUUGACAAAAUUGGAAGUCCAAGCGACAGAUCGAGAAGAAAAUAAAGAAAUCGCGCUGGGUACCUCUAAGCUGAAUUAUCUUGAUCCCAGAAUUUCUGUUGCAUGGUGUAAGAAGCAUAAUGUACCCAUCGAGAAGAUCUACAAUAAGACUCAGAGGGACAAGUUUCGAUGGGCGAUAGAUAUGGCAGGUCCCGAUUAUGUGUUUUAACCAUGCAGGUCAUCAUUCACAUCAUCUGACGGUCUACGAAAGGAGGACAUCUCCCGUUGACAUUUUAUCUAGUGAAUUUUACAUUCUAACAACCGGGAGACUUAAAAAAAAUACAUGUAUGCAUGUGUGGUGUAUGUAUGUAUAUGUAUGUGUGUAUACGUGUGUUGUAUGCGUGUGUGUGUUUGUGUGUGUGUGUGUGUCUGUGUCUGUGUCUGUAUGCGUGCGUAUGUGCUUAAAUAAUGCAAAAAAUUUUUUACAUUUACGAAAUAUAAAUGUAAGAAAGUGUGUUGCAAACAUAUUUUCUAUAGAAUGGUGUAUACGCGCGUGCAUUAAAUCAGGCGCGACUAUAUAUAUCUAGUGUAAUGCAAUGUAAUUAAAUGCGGUAUGUAAGCCCGCGCCAAUCUCAAUUCAAUCAUACACGCUUGUUUUGGAAAAUUAUAUUUUAACGUUCGACUACUUCGUCUGUGUGCUAGCUCGUGCAUAUGUACAAUAUUCGGACGUAAAGAAUAAAUAGGAGGAAAUCGUAAAUAAAUUUCAAGAGAAAACGCGCGCGAAGAGAACGAUUUUGAUUUUAUUUCGUUUAGAUAGAAAUUUAUUUCGAGCGUGUAUGAGAUGAGAAAAGUAGUAGCCCAAAUUUGUGCGAAAUUCAUAGGCAUGCAUGUAUGCAUAUACAUGCAGCGGCAAUUAAUGUGGCUGCAAAGAGUGCGAAAUAAUUUAAUGCAUCUUACGCGAUAAUUUUGGCAUGCCAUGGAGUAUGUACAACAAGAUGUAGAUGCGCUGUUGUACAUAUGUAGGAGAUAUUCAUGUGAGUGAGACGGGGAUACAACUUAUUAUUAUAGUACACAUUAAAAAGAAGAAAAGGAAAACGACUAUCGCGGAGGAGGCAGCUGAUGAAUUUUAUAUUCUCUUAAAGCGUAUAUACGCGCGCAUAUACAUAUACAUAAUUGUUUCACAUAAAUGUAUGAUAAUAUCAUUCAUCAAAUAGCACAUUUACAAUUUUACAAUACCGUGUAUGACGACAUUAUAUGUACGUAGAAUAUAUUCGAUAUUGUGCACAUUUUUGAUAUAAAUGGAAAAGCAGAAGAUUAGUAAAGAAUAGCAGAUUUUCGCGGGAUCGAGAUUCGUCCAUCCUCCCGCCCCCCCCCCCCCCCAUGAAUAGUAUAAAAUA